GCCGCCGCCAUGAUUAACCGGAAGCGGAAGUUGAGCACGCCCCCGCUUCCGGCCGGGGUUGGGCCUAGCCCGGAGCGUCGCUCGGUGGCGGCGGCAGCGAUGGACAGCGAAUUCUCGGACGCGGAGGCGGCCCCGGGCGGCGAGGAGAAUGCGCCGGUUUAUUGCGUGUGCCGCAAACCGGACAUCAACUGCUUCAUGAUCGGCUGCGACAACUGCAACGAGUGGUUCCAUGGGGACUGCAUCAACAUCACCGAGCGCAUGGCCAAGGCCAUCCGGGAGUGGUACUGCCGGCAGUGCCGCGAGAAGGACCCGUCUCUGGAGAUCCGCUACCGGCACAAGAAGUGGCGGGAGAAGGAGCACGAGGGCAACAAGGGCCAGGAGCUGGAGCAGGGCCGGGCUGCCAAGAUCAAGCGCUCAGCCCGGAUGUGUGGCGAGUGCGAGGCGUGCCGGCGCCCCGAGGACUGCGGCCAGUGCGACUUCUGCCGGGACAUGAAGAAAUUCGGGGGCCCCAACAAGAUCCGCCAGAAGUGCCGGCUGCGGCAGUGCCAGCUGCGGGCGCGGGAGUCCUACAAGUACUUCCCCACCUCGCUGGCGCGGGGGCGCGAGGGGGACCUGGAGCUGCUGAAGGCGCAGCUGGGGGGGCCGGGGCCCCCUGAGAGCCUCUCGGACGAGGAGCUGCCCCUCGACCCCCGGCUCUACCAGGAGCUCUGCGCCGGCGCCUUCGACGAGCACGGCCUGCCCUGGCUGAGUGACGCCGAGGACGCGCCGUUCCUGGACCCCGUCCUGCGCAAACGCGCCGUGAAGGUGAAACACGUCAAGCGCAGGGAGAAGAAAUCCGACAAGAAGAAGGAGGAGCGCUACAAGCGGCACCGGCAGCGGGCGCGGCACCGCGAGCGCCGCGGGCACCCCGAGCGCGCCGACGCGCGCGACCCCGCGGGGCUGCACCAGUGCCUGGGCCCCGGCUGCACCCGGCCCGCGCGGCCGCCCUCCAAGUACUGCAGCGAGGCCUGCGGCAUCAAACUGGCUGCCAACCGGAUCUACGAGAUCCUGCCGCAGCGCAUCCAGCAGUGGCAGCAGAGCCCCUGCGUGGCGGAGGAGCACGGCAAGCGGCUGCUGGAGCGCAUCCGGCGCGAGCAGCACCAGGCGCGGCUGCGGCUGCAGGAGAUGGAGCGGCGCUUCCACGAGCUCGAGGGGCUCAUCGCCCGCGCCAAGGGCCACCCGCCCCGCGAGGACGAGGAGAGCACGGAGGGGGACAGCGAGGACACGGACCUGCAGAUCUUCUGCGUGUCCUGCGGCCACCCCAUCAACCCCAAGGUGGCCCUGAGGCACAUGGAGCGCUGCUACGCCAAGUACGAGAGCCAAACGUCCUUCGGGUCCAUGUACCCCACCCGCAUCGAGGGGGCCACCCGGCUGUUCUGUGACGUUUACAACCCCCAGAGCAAAACCUACUGCAAGAGGCUGCAGGUGCUGUGCCCGGAGCACUCCCGGGACCCCAAGGUGCCCGCCGAUGAGGUGUGUGGCUGCCCGCUGGUGCGCGACGUCUUCGAGCUGACGGGCGAUUUCUGCCGCGUCCCCAAGCGCAAGUGCCACCGUCACUACUGCUGGGAGAAGCUGCGCCGCGCCGAGGUGGACCUGGAGCGCGUGCGCGUGUGGUACAAGCUGGACGAGCUGUUCGAGCAGGAGCGCAACGUGCGGGCGGCCAUGACCAACCGCGCGGGGCUGCUGGCGCUGAUGCUGCACCAAACCAUCCAGCACGACCCGCUGACCACGGACCUGCGCUCGGACCGCUGACCACCCACCCCCCCGGGGCCCCCAAAAAACCCC